AUGACAGAACCAGAGGAGCUUGAGGAGGAUCUUUUUGCUGAUUUGUACGAUGGCAAUGACACUAACCAAGUUACCUCAACCGGUGUAACCGACUCCUCUGCAGAAACGAAGACUUCGUCAGCAGCUCCUCAAGUGGAUGAUUCUCAGAAUGGCGGAGGCUAUGAACCCACCUACAGUAGCUCACACGCACAGAAUGCAUACCAGGGACAGCAAACUGGCGGAAUUCAAAGCUACCAUUCAAUGGAUGAGACAUCGCAGGAUGUAAAUGUACACACCGGAGACGGGGUGCAUUCUACAGAAGGAGAAGCACAGGGAACGGGUAUCAAGGAAGAUGGGAAAAUGUUCAUCGGAGGUUUGAACUGGGAGACUACAGACCAAUCUCUCAAGGAUUACUUUUCACAAUUCGGCGAAGUCUCCGAAUGUACAGUCAUGCGUGACAGCGCUACGGGAAGAUCGAGAGGUUUUGGAUUCCUUACAUUCAGAGAUCCCAAAACCGUCAAUACAGUCAUGGUCAAGGAGCAUUACCUAGAUGGAAAGAUUAUUGAUCCAAAACGUGCCAUUCCUCGCGAUGAACAAGAAAAGACCAGUAAGAUUUUCGUGGGGGGAGUCAGUCAGGAAGCUACCGAGCAAGAUUUUAAGCAGUUCUUUAUGCAAUUUGGUCGUGUAGUGGAUGCCACACUUAUGAUCGACAAAGACACUGGCCGCCCACGAGGAUUCGGUUUCGUGACAUUCGACAGUGAAGCAGCAGUGGAAGCCACGCUUUCCCGACCCCUGGAGAUCCUCGGUAAAUCCAUCGAGGUGAAAAAGGCUCAACCAAGGGGUAAUCUGCGAGACGAUGAUCGAAACCGUCGGGGCAGAGAUCAAGGCAUGACUCCAGAUAACAGUCAACAGCAAGGUGGCCAGGGACCAGGGGGUAUGCCCAGUGGCAUCACUCCGCAGAUGAUGGCUCAGUACUGGCAACGUAUGCAACAGUAUUUCGCCAUGAUGCAGCAGCAAAUGGCAGCUGCUCAGAGUCAGGGUAUGGGCGGAAUGAACAUGGCUGGUAUGAAUCCUGCAAUGAUGCAACAAAUGAAGCAGAUGCAGAUGGCAGCCGGUCAACAACCAGGUCAAUCGCCAAGUCCCGGUCCUCAAGGUAUGCAGAACAUGAACCCAGCCAUGAUGCAACAGAUGCAGCAGAUGCAGCAGAUGCAACAGAUGCAAAGCCAAGGUCAAGGACAAAUGGGCAUGGGUGGUGCUGGUGCUGGUUAUGGCGGUAAUCGUGUUGGACCAGGCUACAAUGCUCACGAACAACUUGCCUUCGAACAACAAAAAUACGAGCAACAACAAGCUCGACGAGGAAGUGCCUAUUCACCUUAUCAACAAGGCGGUCCGACAUCAUGGGAAGGUAUGUAUGACGAGGUACCUCAGCCAAAUGUUCCAUCCGGCCCACAAGGUCGUGGUGGUGGAGGCAUGGGAAGAGGCGGCAUGCAGAAUCAGGGCAAGCCGGGCACCCCUCAUCAAGGUGGUGGUGGUACUCCUCCUGCUGCACCAGCUAAUGCUCCUACCGGUCCCCGAAACGCUGGACGACCAGGAGCAAACUAUCGCGGCGGAGGUCGUGGAGGUGGUCAUCGUGGUUUCCAUCCUUAUUCGCGAUAA